CUUCUCCCUUUUACAGCAGUUUUCUUCGUGCCUGAAUUCCGUCGGUGAUUGAAGAUCUCCUGCGUAAUCUCCUUCUUAGGGGACUUGAAUUUUUACAAAAUGGCAAAUAAUAAGGGGGAGGAAGCUUCCUCCCGUGGCAAUGGAUGGGAAGUUGUAUCACUUACGGCAUCGGCAUAUUCUUCUGCUCCAGGUCCAAAUAGAGUUGAUGAUGAUAAAGGCAAUGAGUUCGGUCAGUAUGAUGAGGAAACCUCUAGUGCAAUGUUCAUGUCUGAUCACUUUGUGUUUCCACCUAGCGAGCAUGAGAACUUACCACUGGAGCCAGACAUGAAUGAGAUUGAUAAUGUACCAAAGGGUGAAGGUGUAGCUUCCUACGAGCUGCAAAGAAUUGAUAUGAAUAAAUCUGACAAGAAAAAUGUAGAAAAUCGGAAUGUCAAAGAGUUGCGAGUACCAGAUGAGUUUCCUGGAAUAAUGUUCUUUGAUGAAAAGGGUAAUAGGCUAUCUGUUCGUGGUGCAGAGUUUGAAGAAGGCAUGGGCUCACAAGGGCCAAAUCCGGUUGGUGAAGAGAAGAGCAUGUACAGCUCUGCUAAGUAUAGUUCUUUCAAUAGUGAAGCAGAUACUAGUGGAUCGACUGUUUAUGAUGGGCAUGCAGCUGUCACUGAAUCAUGUGAUCCUUCUCAGAGAAGUUUAGAUUCCCCUUCAGAUUUUUCAAAGUCAAUAAGUCAUACAAAAGAAGUUCAAUUUAAUAAGUCUGGGCUUCCAUGCAAGGCAUGGUGGAAGAAAAGGGUAGCUUCCUUGUACACGAAUGCGAAGGAGGUGAAUGCAUUUUGGUCUAUUUUUGUCGCUGCAACUCUGAUGGGCCUUGUUAUUCUUGGUCAGCGGAGGCAGAAAAAUAAUGUGGCAAGCUCAGCCACUUAAGUGGGAUCCGCAUGGGAAAAAUAGAUGUAGGUAGAAAAAUUGAAGUUGGUUUGGGAAGUUCUGUUCUUAUGUUGCCAUUGUUCAGGAGACUAGAAAACUUAGACAUUCAUUGUAUCACAGAUAAACAUGGAGCAGGGUACUUGAUACAUGCCAGUAGGACGUUUGACUGUGUAUGUGAUAUAUUUCCAUGCUAUUGAUGUAGUGUGUGGCAAUGCUGGUUAGUUCACGUGCUGAAAGAAAUGAAGCGCAGAUAUCUCCUUGUGUCUAGCUUUGCAUUUGGGUGCUUUUGCCACAUCAUCUUCUCAUCUAGGUGAUAUAAUUCUCAGUUUUACCUGUGGGUUAUUACUGCCAGUAACAUGUUGCUGGAACUAGAAGUGUAAUCGUAAGUGCUAUUCCAUUGAAGAGCUGCCAACUCCUCUUUCUGACCAUCUCUUGUAUGGUGGACAUAGAUAGCAUUUA